UUAGUCUUAAUAAUUAAUAAUUUGCAUUUAUAUUAUUCUCUACUAUUUAUUAUACUUUAUUUGUGACAAGUUGAUUGUUCUCUUACUUGUUUGAUUUGAUUUAGUUGCUGAUUGAGUAUUGUAAUUCUUAGAUUUGAUCAAAACAAUGUCCAAUAAAUAAAGGAAAGUGUAGGUUACGCAGUGAAAAAAGAACAGCACAAUGCACGAUUUUACAAGCAUAUUAAACAUCAUAUUUAUAAUAAGCGGUGGGGUACUCACUUGCGUUAUUUUGUUUAUAUUCGCCAAAAGGCAAAUCACAAGGUUCGCUCUCCGCUCUCGUAGAGGUCCUCACGUUCCUAUAGGUGCAGACGCUAAAAAAUGCCUAAAAAAGGAGAUUGAACGUAGAAUCGAAGCUGUACCACGGAUCAUGCACGAACCAAAGCUGUUGAGUGCCGAACCCUCACAUUAUAUCUUGGAGCCCCAGCAGCCGUACCACUACAGGUUCAGAGCAGUGGAUGAUGUGAAGCUACUGGAAGAAGAAAUAGCCCGCCAAGAUCCGGUGUUGCGGCGUCAUCCGCGCGAGUCUCUCCGCGCGUUCCUGUUGUCGUCGCUGGCGGCGCCGCUGGACGGACGCGGACAGAAGCUGGUGCACCAGUUCUGUGAUACAUAUGAGUUCGCCAGACACCACCCGGGAGAGUUUGGGGACGAAGAAUAUCAAGCCUACAGUCGACUCCUGUUGAAAUUACUGGAUGCGGCGCGGCUGCUGCGCAGCGUGGGCGCGGGCGGGCAGUCCCCGCGCGGCAGCCCCCUGCGGCGCACGCACGCCGCGCGCCUCCUGGACGCCGCGCGGCUGCGGCCCGGCCUGCCCGCGCUGCCCGGCGCCGCCAACCUGCGCAACUACACCGCGCUGCAGAACUUGCCAGUAGAGUCAAAACUGGACGAGAUCAUCCGUAUCCCAGUGAAGAGCCCUACGGAGCCGCUGGUGAAGCCCCCCGCGGACGAAACGGCCGUCUGAGGGCGGCGCACCCGCCACGAGGCGCAGACCUUGUAGACGGGUUCAUAACAAUUAUAGUACACACGACUACAUACACAAUGCAGAGUGUAAACUCACUACUAUUACUGGGCACUAGCUCAAUCUUAAAAGUGACAUUAGUCAAACAAAAUCAUGUACACCUUAAAAAAAUUAU